AUGGCUUCACGCAUGACACCUUCCAAGAGGCCGUUUCAGAAAAAUUCUUCAGACUUCAAUGGACGGGGCAAGUGGCUGAAGACGAAGCAUUCUUCUCCACAUAAAUCUCAGUUCAAAAUUGAGCCUGGUGUUCCCAUUUUUCGUAUUCUCUGCCCAGCUUCAAAAUCUGGUAAUGUAAUUGGCAAAGGAGGUGCCAUUAUUGCAAAGAUACGGGAAGAAACCAGAAUGAGAAUCAGGGUUGAUAGAGCAGCCCCCGGUUGUGAUGAGAGAGUUAUUUUCAUAACUGCUGUCGACAAGGAUGAAGAAGCUAGCAGCGAGCGAGGCGGAGAGAAUGACGGAGGUGUUGCUGCUUCUACUGGUGGUGACCUUGAGAGGGAUAAAGAUAACAGCAAGGAGGAAAAUGAUGAUCCAGAGGGAAACAACAGCAAGGAGCAGAAUGAUGAUUCAGAGAAAGGAAACGGUAAGGAAGAAGAAGACGGUUUCGAGAAAGACCACAGUACGGAAGAAAAGGAUGAUUCAGAGAAAGACCACAUUAGGGAAGAGAAGGAUCAUUCAGAGAAAGAACACGAUAAGGAAGAAAAGGAUGAUCCUUUUGUUACAGAAGUUACAAAGUCAGAACCAGAGAGGGUAAUACCAUCAGCACUGAAGGCUGUUUCGCUUGUCUUCGAUAGGAUUUUUGCAGCUGAAGAUAAUAAUGAAACUGGGAAUUUGUCAGCUGCAAGCACUCCUGUUAAUUUGCGAUUGUUGGUUCUGUACAGCCAAGCAGGUUGGCUCUUGGGUAAGGGUGGUAGUGUGAUUAAACAAAUGUCAGCUGAUAACGGCUGUGAAAUCCGUGUUUUGAGAGACAACCUUCCAGCAUGUGCAUUAUUGAAUGACAAACUUUGCCAGAUCACUGGAGAGAUUGACUCAGUAAGGAAAGGUCUCAAUGCUGUAUCUGAAUUGCUCUUAGCUCAUCCACCCAAGGAAACUGAUGCAGUUGCUGGUGUUCAUUCUUCUGGAUCAUCAUCACGUUCUUUGUUCAACCAGUCUGAUGGUCUUCCUUCAGGAAUGCAAUCUAACUUCCAUAUCCCUUUGCAAGGGCCAUCCCAAGCCAAUGGACCUUUUGAUAUCAUUGAUCUUCAACCUCCGAUACAUGGCCAUGCCUCAGUGCCUAUAGAAUCCCUCUCCUUUAGGAUGCUGUGUCCACAAGACAAGGUUGGCAGUAUAAUAGGCAAGGGUGGAAAUAUUGUUAAAACUAUUCAAAAAGAUACGGGCUGUGAAAUUAAAGUUCUUGACACUGUUCCAAAAACAGAUGAUCGCAUCAUAAGUAUAUCUGGACCUGCGCAUCCAAGUGAUGGAAUAUCCCCUGCACAGAAUGCCAUUCUGCAUGUGCAGCAUAAAAUUAUGUUACCUACCUCUGAUAAGAAGGAAGGUCCUUCAAUAUGUAGGAUGAUCAUUUCAGCAAACCAAGUUGGUUGUGUUCUCGGCAAAGGUGGUAGUAUCAUAGCUGAAAUGAGGAAGCUGUCAGGAGCAUUUAUAGUAGUGUUGAGCAAAGACAAGAUUCCAAGGGGUGUCCCAGAGCAUGAUGAAGUUAUUCAGAUAAGCGGGAGCUGUGAAGCUAUUCAAGAAGCUCUAAUGCAGAUUACUGCUAGGCUUCGUAACCACCUUUUCCGGGUGGAUAGAAUGCCUGCAAUGGGGCCUAAUAUGCGGCCACCUUUUGGUUUGUUAGAUUCUCAGUUUGGUCCAUUUGCGGGAAACCAUGAAUCGCCAUCCCUGUUUCAUAAAGAUUUUAUGGGAUGGCCAUUGGAUGGGAUCUCUGCUCCUUGGACAGUGAAGGGCUUGCGUGAUCUCAGCGAUCCAGUGUCAAUAUCUGAUAUCCCUGGAGCAGGGCAUAGAGAAGCUGGUGGAUUUUCUGGUCCUGGUCAGCCAUCUAUGAUGCCAAACUUGACUGCAGAGGUUUUAGUUCCAAGAUUAAUUAUCCCUGCUCUCUGUGGUGAGGAUGGAGGUUGUUUGGAUAGGAUCCGUGAGUUUUCUGAAGCUAAGAUAACUGUUGCUGAACCUAUUGCCGAUUCAAUGGACACUGCUGUUUUGAUAUCUGGUACACCAGACCAGAUGCAUGCAGCCCGAAGUCUUGUUCAAGCAUUCGUUAUGAGCGAAUCAUUUGCCCCAUGA